AUAUGCAACGACAGAGAAUUUUACAUUUUGACAGAGCGAAUUUUCAUGGGAAGGUGAAGAAAUUAAAUUUUUGCCAUUAAUACCUUAUAAUUUCGUUAAAUUUUCGGUUUAGCCGUGUUAAGUAAAUAAGUUUAAAGCUUUACAUUUAAGUACCAAGCUUCCGAGAAAAACGAAAAUGAAAGUUCUGCUCUUGACAUUGUUCGUAAUAGGCGUUGCAACAGCAGCGGAGAACCCCGUCCUGUUGCUUGCAGACAGCCCAACACGCGCAGCGCUGACAACAAUUCAAAAUGAAGAGUUCUCUAGCAUUUUAACUCCGCUGGCCAAAGACCACAUGAUUGUUGCGAUUCAAGAAUCUGGUCUGUCUUCCCAUGACUUCCUUUGUAAGAGAAAUUGCACUGAGUCACAAUGCAGUGCAGUACAACAACAACAGUCAUGUUACGCUCACUUAAGCAGCAUCUCACCGAAAACUUUCUACCGUAGUGUCAAAAAUGCAAAUAAAGUUUUGGAAUCGUUAGAUCCUGACUACAGUGUGGUUACACUCUCUAAUAGUGGAAAGCUUGAAACGCCCCUAAAGUGUCAAGCCAACAAAGUUGUUUUUUUGCGAUUCAAUGAGGAAACUGAGCUAAGUCGUGCAGAAACUUUGGAAGCACAUGAUUUCGCUAUUGCAAAUCUAAUGAAGGAAGUAUCCUGCCCAACAGUCUUUUUGUAUACAUCCACACCUGCUAGAGGACGUUCACGUCGUGCCGUUUCCGUUUCGGAGACUGCGGCGCCAGAAGGUGGUUACAUAUUUUCCGACACUAAGUUUCAGAUUUUCUUCACCAAUUUGACUGUUCAGAUUGGAAGUGCCGCGUCAAAAGAAAUUAUAAUUAGCAAUAUGAAAAUCGUGGAAAACAACAGCACCGACUUUACUGUUACACUUACCAGCGCUACUGCUGCUGACACUAUUACUUUCGAUAUUGCGCUGGUGUCGGGGUACUACUACAUGAAGCUAUUGACUUACAAUAAUGCAACACAAUUCCGUACUAACGGUAUAAACGCACCUCCAGCCUUUUCAUACUAUUGCGGCAAUUUGACUGUUUCUUCAACGGCUGGUGACCAACUCUUUUGGAAUUCCGUGCAAUUCCAAGCACCUUUUGGUGCUACAGUUACGGCAGCAGGAACAUAUUUUGAAUUCGGCGAGUCGUGGAAUUGCGUUGGCUUUGUCACCCCUGCAAUCCUUGGCGGCCUAUUUGUAUCCGCGAUUUUACUUACGAUCCUUUUCAUUGGUAUUUGUUGGAUGAUGGAUAUCAACACUAUGGACCGCUUUGAUGAUCCCAAAGGCAAGACAAUUACAAUAAGUGCCAACGAGUAAAUCGGGUGAUAAACGUGGGUAGCAUUAAUUGAUAAUCUACUACUGUUAUCGACUCCUUUUUUGCGCUGUCAGAUGCGCACACUUCAUUCCCCUUUAUUCUAUGUUAUUAUUAUUUUAUGGCAUUAUACGAGCCAAUAUCGUUUACCAAAGUCUAUUUUUGGAUGUUAAGCACAAAUUGAAAGUUGACUAAUUACAAAAUGUGGCUUUGAGCAAAUUGAUACGCCAUCCAACAUAAAAAUUCAUAAAUUCAUAAAUAUGGAAAUUAGAGUUACAGAAAAACAAUUUCUUCUUCUUCUAAGUUCGAUUGGUAUUACAAAAUAAUGGAGGAUUUUGCAAGCGCAUUUAGAAGUUUCCCCCACAAUUCCCAUUAUAUUUUUCGAUUUCUUCCCUCAGCAUCGACCACAUUUAUAUCGCUUAUGUUGGUUUAUGGGAAUUGUUGUUGAAACUUCAAUGUCUAAUGCACAUGUAUUUAAAUUAAAUUUAAUUAUGAUUUUUGUUAUAAAUAUUGCAACGUUUCGCCUUCCUAGUUUUGUGCCUUAACCGAAUUUUGGUAAGAGCCUGGCCUGUGUUCAUUCAGUGGCGUCAAUAUAUUUUGUGUGUGAAUAUGUUUGUAAUCAACCAAUGACCUUCUAAUAUCAAUGUGGUGUAUGUACUCGAUUUUUAUACGUACAUAUAUUAAAAUACUAUAUUUUAUAGUCCCAUGUAUUAAACGUUAGACUUAAAUGCGAAAAUGAUAAAUCAAAUAAAGUUGUUCUCUUUGUUGAUAA